ACGGUUGCUAGGGAGCUCGCACCUGUCCGAGAAGUGCCCGGGAACAUGGUGAAGCAAACUAUACAGAUCUAUGCCCGGGUGAAGCCAAGCAGAAGGCCGCACGGGAUCUAUUCCGUUAAUAAUGACGAGGCGUCUUCGUCCCUGGAGAUCAUCGUCCCUCGGGACCUGGCGGACGGAUUUGUUAAUAAUAAGAGGGAGACGUACAAGUUCCGGUUUCAAGAGACGUUUGACCAAGAAACGAAGCAAGAAGCCGUAUUCGAAAGCAUCGCGAAACCAGUGGCAGAGAGCGCGCUCACCGGCUACAAUGGCACCAUAUUCGCCUACGGGCAAACCGGCAGCGGCAAGACGUUCACCAUCACAGGAGGAGCGGAGCGUUACAGCGACAGAGGCAUCAUCCCCAGGACAUUGUCCUAUGUAUUUGAGCAGCUUCAGAAGGACAGUAGUAAAGUCUACACGGUGCACAUCUCCUACCUGGAGAUCUACAAUGAGUGUGGCUACGAUCUGCUGGACCCAAGACAUGAAGCCUCCAAGCUGGAAGACCUCCCGAAGGUGACCAUAAUGGAGGACCCCGACCAAAACAUUCAUCUGAAGAACCUGUCCCGGCAGCCGGCCACCACCGAGGAGGAAGCCCUGAACCUGCUCUUCCUGGGGGACACCAACCGCAUGAUAGCAGAGACCCCGAUGAACCAGGCGUCCACCCGCUCGCACUGUAUCUUCACCAUACACAUCUCCAGCAAGGAGCCCGGCUCCGCCACCGUCUGCCGCUCCAAGCUGCACCUGGUAGACCUGGCUGGAUCCGAGCGAGUAGCGAAGACUGGAGUCGGGGGGCAGCUGCUGACGGAGGCCAAGUACAUCAAUCUGUCCCUGCACUACCUGGAGCAGGUCAUUAUUGCACUGGCGGAGAAGAAUCGCUCCCACAUACCGUACAGAAACUCCAUGAUGACCUCGGUGCUCAGGGACAGCCUUGGUGGGAACUGUAUGACAACCAUGAUCGCCACCCUCUCCUUAGAGAAGAAGAACAUUGAUGAGUCCAUCUCCACCUGUCGCUUUGCACAAAGAGUCGCACUGAUCAAGAACGAAGCCGUUCUCAACGAGGAGAUCGACCCCCAGCUGAUGAUCCUGCGCCUUAAGAAAGAGAUUCAAGCGCUUAAGGAUGAGAUCGCCCUCGUUACCGGAGAGCAGAGGACGACGGAGCUGAGCCCAGACCAACUCCAGAGUCUUGAGGAGCAGCUUCAUGGUUUCCUCGAGGACAAGGACCCUGAAAGUCUCCUGGAUGUGGGGGCCGACAUGCGGAAGAUCCACUUCUGUUUUCUCUACUUUAAGCAGAGAGUUUUCCAUGAAAAGAAGGCAUCAGAGCGCAGAGCGAGCUCCCCGGAGAUAUCUACAGGACGGCCGGCAACACCCUCCGCCCGUCCUGAGGAGGUAAAGAAGCUGCGAGAUCUCCUGCAGCAAAGGGACAACGAAAUCAAUAUACUGGUCAGCAUGCUGAAGAAGGAGAAGAGGAGGAACCAAGACGCUGCGGAGGAGAAGAAUGUGCCCAGCACCCCACUCCGGCCCGAAACGGGGUCCAACGGGAGAGAACACUCUGCAAAGAGGGGUCCACAGUCCCCAGCAACUCCUACUGUCAGAGAGAACCGGACCAGCACCCUCUACAGGAAGACAGCAGAACAAAUGUCCCUCGGUCGGCAAGAAGCAUUUGAAAUAUUCAAACGAGAUUAUCCAGACAAAGUCGGCAUCGAAGACAACAAGGCAUUGCUGAAACAGAGAUUCUCUGAAGCCAAAUCCCUGGGAGAAGAAGUGAAUAACGUGAGACAGCGGAUCAAUCAUCUGAAGGCGGCGGUAGAGCAGCGGAGGAUGCAGCAGGCGGCACUAGGUGUUUCCAGCUCGUAUGAAGACGCAAACAAGUACGAUCCGGCAGAGGAAGAGCUGCGGGAGCAGAUGGAAGCGGAGAAGAAGCGGUAUAAAAGGCUCUUCAGUCGACUCAAAAGCCUUAAGACGGAGAUCGAACACCUGCAGCUUCUGCUGGAGAAGGCCAAGGUCAAACUGCAGAAAGACUUUGAGGACUGGUGGUCCCAGGAGGCCGCGGACCUACAGCAGAAUCCGCCAGACGUAGACGCGCGCAGUGCUCAGUCACCUCUCCUGCAGCACGUACACAGUAUUUCAGAUAACGCCGAUCCAGCCAACAGCAGCCGCCCCAGGAGCAUCCAGAGGCCGGCGACAGGCGAAAGGGCUUCCCGCUGCGCAGACACCCCCAUCCCGCUCACAGGCGACAGCCAGACUGACGCAGAUAUCCUGGCCUUUGUCAGAGCGCGGCAGAACCUGCUGACCAGAAAAGGCUCCGGACAUCAGUGAGUUCUCUUCACCUGGCCAGCAUUAGCAUACAGCAGACACGUCAGCAAGUCCGGGGGGUGAUCAGCGGCGCCGGCUGAGGAUUGAGCCAUUAAUCCUAGGGUCAUGAAGCUGCAUCGUAAGAACCGCCACAAAACCAUCUGCGCCAUUAUCCCAAGUGUUUUCUUGGAGAAACAGUUUCAGGAAAUGUCGGUCUUAACACAAGAUUUUUGCAAACCGGACUCCGGAGAAAAACUGAAACCGCGAGGGUCAGGACGCCAUGAAGCGGCGCAGGCGCUCCGAAAAUCACAUUGUGUGACGGAGACUUAUCACAGUCUUAUACGUAACGGCCAACCCAAAAAGAGCGGAAAAGAGGCGGUUCCUCUGAGGACUCAGAACCUGCAAAUUUAAGGGGGAACUCUCACCUAGUGACAUUGGCAGGGAUCCAGGAAGCUGAGAUAUGGGGAGAUGUUUGCACUAUAGAUCGUUGGCUUGCUAAUUUGUUAAUCAGUGAAUUCAAUGAGUGUGGGCUCAUGCACACGGCCGUAGUUCAGCUCUGCCUCCGAUCUGCGUUUUUUUGGUGGAUCGGAGGCAGACCCAUUCAUGGUACCACAAAAUAAAUCCAUUCCGCGACCCUGCAGAAAAUAUAGGAAAUGUCCUAUUUUUGGACAUUUCUGCAGGAGAAGAAAAAAAAAACAUGGCGGCAAGCACUCGGCCGGGAUCCAUGAAUUUGGCCGUGUGCAUUAGCCUUGAAUCAAAUUGGCAGCUCUACUACUUGAGGGCCUUGCAAACAGCCCCUCAUAUCUCAGCUUCCUGAACCUCUGCAAGUUAGGCCUCAUGCACAUGACCGUUGUUGUGGUCUGCAUCCGAGCCGCAGUUUUUGCGGCUCAGAUGCGGACCCAUUGACUUCAAUGGGGCCGCAAAAGAUGCGGACUGCACUCCGUGUGCUGUCCGCAUCCGUUGCUCCGUUCUGGAUCCGCAAAAAAACGGAUCGGUCGUGUGCAUGAGGCCUAAGACCAUGUUUGGGACCAUUACACCUGACUAGAGCUAUCUGGGUUCAUUCAGAAUUAUCAAACAUCCCCAGUAAAAUUCCGUUAUCCGGCAUCUGAUUCAUCUAUCACACAUCGAUACAGAUUUUUGCUUGACAGCGUCCAUUGCCUCCUGUGAUUUGUAUAUUAUGUAUUUCUUACCACAGAUAUUUAUUGUCCAUUGUAAUAAAAUGUAUG